AUAUCGUGUUUCAAUGUCUUCUCUGGACCCCGCUUGGACUUUUGGUUUUUAAAGUCACCGCUAUUUAGCUCUUUUUCAAACCAGGAUCACUCCUGUUUGUGAGGUUGUCAGUCACUGCUAGCUAACCAACACAUCUCCGCUAUCGUCCUCAUUAUUAUGGAGCUGUUUUUAAUUCGGAUAGAAAAUGUUAAAUGCUCGAAUCCACGUGCAUUUGCAUGAAUGCUGUCAUCGUCAAAAAGUGACGCAACUUCCGGGUUCUCCAUGGUGGCGUUGAGGUCCGCUGUGCUUCAGUGUGCAGGGAAGGUUGUUCUGUGGCAGUCUGUGUGUCACCUGUCAAAUCCUCACGUGUGUAGCAUGCCCUGUGAAGCGCAGCCUCGGUUCCUGGUUCUGUACGGGUCUCAGAAGGGUCAAGCUCAGUCAUUAGCAGAGGGGAUAGCGGAGGAGGCCCAGGACCAUGGACUUGUAGCUGAACUCAGCUGCUUGAGUCAGAAUGAGAAGUACAAUUUGGAGAAGGAGAAUGCCCCCGUGGUCUUUAUUGUGUCUACUACUGGAGACGGGGAGCCGCCAGACAAUGCCCUCCAAUUUGUAAAGCGCAUCAAGAAGAAGACUCUCUCCACUGACCACUAUAAACACCUUUGCUAUGCACUUUUAGCUUUAGGAGACACAAACUAUGCAAAUUUCUGCAACUGCGGGAAGACAGUUGAGCGUCGUCUACAGGAACUUGGAGCCACACAAUUCUAUGCUACAGGAUAUGCAGAUGAUGGUGUAGGACUGGAAUUGGUUGUGGACCCCUGGCUUGAAGGACUCUGGAAAGCAAUUAAAGGAGCAUUAUCAAAAAUGGCUUCUAACAGGGAUUUACCAGAGGAAACCCCUGACUCACACAUACCAGACAUUAAACUUAACCUCCUAAGCCUUAAUGAUGGACAGAAUUGCAAGUCACUCACAGCAUCUGUAGACCCAGACUCCAAAUAUGCACCUGUAGCUUCAUCUUCUUCCUCUGCUGCACAAACUGCUGAUUCGAAUCUCAGGGCUACUUCUCCUGGGUCUCGUGGCACUGACAGUGUUUCUACACCAGCACUGCAGACACAGCCUGGGGAUGCUGGAGUUCCCCAUGUUGCACUGGCAGCCUCUCUGACAUGCUCCCUGCCCCCGCUGUCACAGUCUGCUCUUAAUGUUCCUGCUCUGCCUCCACCAUACUUGGAUGUAUCUCUCCAGGAUGUGGGCACACUGGGACAGAUUGUUGGACAGCCCAACAAAGAAAGUCUUCAUGAGGUUCCCAUAAACAGGACAGUGCACCUGACCAGAGGAGAUUCAGUCAAGACAGCCCUUCUCUUAGAGUUGGACAUCUCUGCUUACCCGACGAUAGCCUAUGAGCCGGGGGAUUCGUUUGAUGUGUUCUGCCCAAACAGAGCCACAGAGGUGGAGGAGAUGCUCCACAGAUUGGGCCUUCAUGACCAGAGGAACUGUCAUGUCCAUGUUUCCCUAAAAAAGGAUCAUAAGAAAAAAGGUGCCCAGGUGCCACCCUACAUCCCCCAGAACAUUUCUUUGCUGUACUUGCUCACAUGGUGUCUGGAGAUCCGAAGCGUCCCUAAGAAGGCGUUUCUACGAGCGCUGGUGGAGCACACGGCAGACGGCGUGCAGAGGAGGAGACUGCAGGAGCUCUGCAGCAAACAAGGCGCCGCAGAUUACAACCUGUACAUGAGAGACGCGAGCCUCAGCGUUUCGGAGCUGCUCGCAGCCUUUCCGUCCUGCUCGCCUCCCCUCAGCCUCCUCAUAGAGCAUGUGCCGAAACUGCAGCCCAGGCCUUAUUCAGCAGCCAGCUCCUGUCUUAAGCACCCAGGAAAGCUGCAUUUUGUCUUCAACGUUGUCGACUUCCCAGCAUGCUUUGGACGGCCUGCUGGGAGGCGAGGAUUGUGUACUGGUUGGCUGUUUGACCUCAUCAAUCGUGGCCUGGUUUUCCCUGAGAGGGUUGAGUGCUCCGGCAGCCUUGCUCUGCCUAAGAUCCAUGUGAGCUUGAGACCCAACUGCUCCUUUCGGCCUCCCUCUGAUCUGUCGCUGCCCUUCAUCAUGGUCGGACCAGGCACAGGAGUCGCCCCCUUCAUUGGUUUCCUCCAGCAAAGAGAGAGGGAGAGGCAAGCGAACCCCGAGGCUGCGUUUGGCGAGACCUGGCUGUUCUUCGGUUGUCGCCACAGAGACGGAGACUUCCUGUUCAGGGAGGAGCUGGAGGGCUUCGUGUCCAGCGGUGUCCUAAACCACCUCAAGGUGUGUUUCUCCAGAGACGUCGCGGAGCAGGAGGAGGUCGCCACCUCAGUAGCUCGACCCAGAUACGUCCAACACAACCUGCUGCUCAACAGCCGUGACGUCACAGAAAUCCUGCUCAAACGGAACGGUUACCUCUACGUCUGCGGGGAUGCAAAGAACAUGGCUAAGGAUGUGAAUGACACCCUGAUGGAGAUGAUCCGAGCUGAGCUUCAGGUGGACCAACUGGAGGCCAUGAAGAGACUGGCACAGCUGAGAGAGGAGAAACGCUACUUACAGGACAUCUGGGGCUGACGGAGGAGGACCAGAUAAGGGCAUUUUGCAGCAUCGGCUGAGCUCCCCCCCCCCCCUCAAAAAAAGAAAAGAAUCAGCAUGCUCAGCUGUAACCUCUAGAACUAUUAAAUUGCGGAUGCUGAAGCCUGGAGGUAGUUUACACCACCCAGUGCUACCAAGAUGGAAUGUACAAUGCUAGCCCGGGGGUAACGGUUCACUACAUCAUCUCAGGCUUUGCUGUUUGAACAGAAAUGACCUUGGUCGGGGCAAUAGUGUCGGAGAUUGGUCCUGCAGUGUGAAAAUGUGUGUUUCAGUGGAGAAAAGCCUCCUCUGCUCAUCCUGGUGUUUACUACCGUCGGCUGCGAUCGAGUGAUUUUGAUGAGACAGAGAGCAUGAUAUCACUCCAGCCUGGAUGGAAACAACACAACAAUCUCAAGUUCUUAAACUGUACACACACACACACACACACACACACACACACACACACACACACACACACACACACGUCUCUCUAUAGUUGUGAGGACACUCAUUGACAUAAUGCAUUCCCUAGCCCCUUACCCUUACCUCUACCAUCACAACUAAAUGCCUAAACCUCUUUUGCCUUAGCCCUAAACCUAAUUCUAACCUUAAAUCCAAGUCUUAACACUCAAACAGUCCAUUGACUUUGUGAGGAUGAGCCAAAAUGUCCUCACAAUGUCAAAAUGUCACAAAAUUGGCCUUUAUAACUAUGAAUAGACACACACACACACACAAGAAAUUGUUUUUGGUCAUUCAGGGACAAAUUAUUAUUUCAUUUUUCGAAUGAAAUAUUGUUGUUGUUGGAAUUUGCCAAACCAGCUCACUGCCAGAAUAAAUCACUUCAAUACAGUUUACCUCCAAAGUCAAUUUUUAUUAUAAAUGAAAAACCCCUAGAUUACAGAAAAUUGGCUUGAUUGUUUUCCUCCAGUAUUAUUUUGGAUCAUCAUAUUUUCAUCCUAAACACUGUGGAUAAUAUUUACUUUUUAUCCUGUUUUGGAAAUAAUGAUAAUUAGUAUGAGAUCCCCAAAAAACAAUCUGUCAGUUUCAUAAAUAGAGUCUACAGAGAUGACUUUGUCGUUAAUUCGUCCUAACACCAUGUAAGUGCUGAGUACACAUGGUGUGAGUCUGAAUGAUGAUGUGCUGCUCUGACUGGAGCAGUUUAUCUAACAAACCCUCUUUGUGCAGACGGACGUUAGUCCUGCAAAACCGACCCAAAUCUCCCAGACUGGGGUUAAAACAAACACAACUGCUCCUUGUGUGAUGAGGAAUUAAAAGUCAU